GUAAAUACGUAAAAAAAACAAAAAGCUCCUGUGGGUUACGUUACGUAAGUUCCAGAGAGCAGGAAGUGUGAUGUGGCUUUGACUCACAACAGAAAUGUCGGCCAUUUUCAACUUCCAGUCGCUGCUAACAGUGAUUCUCCUCCUGAUCUGUACCUGUGCCUACAUCCGAGCGAUGGCUCCCAGUCUGCUAGACAAGAACAAGACCGGGCUUCUAGGAAUUUUCUGGAAGUGUGCCAGAAUAGGUGAGCGGAAGAGUCCCUGGGUGGCUUGCUGCUGCGUCAUCAUGGCUUUUAGUAUACUGUUUCUACAGUAGCAGUCCAAAGCAAAAAACCACGAAUGGAAACAUUGGGGAAAUAAACAGACGAGGCAUGGACAAUACGAUCCAAGAAGCACAACAGGACCUCCAGGGGUUGUCACUUAGAUAAUGUUAAAAUGGAAGACCCGUCACCACUCACCGUAGCCACGGAAAGAGAAAACGUGUCUGUGUAGGGGGAGGGGUGGGAACUGAUAGCCUCAGAGUGUGUCUAGAUCCUUCCACGGACUUCCAGGUCCAGGUCUGUCCUUGUGUUUGCUUAUGUGGAAUGUUUACUCCGGAUGUAUGUGUGUGUGGGGGGUGCCAAUGCUUUCUGUUAUCUACUAUUUAGUCCGAAGGAAAGAAUUCACAGUCUGGUAUUAUUUGUGGGAUCAAUAUGAUAUAUUGUUUGUCCAAACAUUUCAAACAUUUUUCUCCUCCACGUUUGAGUUUGUCACAAAAAAACAAUAACGAUCUGUUUGAAAUUCUUCAUUUUAAAAAAAGGACCUGCAUUAAUGUUCAAAACUGCUAUGUGAUUCAUACGGAGGCUUAUAAACUGAAUUUUAUUGAGGUGCGUGACGCUAAAUCAUCUCAGCACCUUCUUUGUAACCUGUGCCCUGUUUGUUGUAUCUCGAAAUGGCGAUCAAAUUCCACAGCAAACAAAACGAUAGUAUAGCUCUUGAAGUGUGUAAUUGUCCUACAUAUUUGCCUCAAAGAGCUACUGAUGUUUUUUUUUAAAGUCAGUCAGUUUGCCGCUAUUUAUUAAAGAACCUUUUUAGAAAUGUGGUCUGCGGAGGCUGAUUUUUGGAUUAGUGUUUGCUGUUGUUAUGUCUGUUGUGAUGAUGCCACACUGUAAGGUGAAGUGUCAUUAAUAAUGACGUCAAACAUGUAAAAUAUACAUUGAUUACCUGCA